AUGGGUGAAAUGUCAUCAUCAUCUCCCUUGGCUCAAACUUCAGGAUUCUUCUCUCUCACCUCACUUUGGAACUGGCUGCAAGAGAAUAAUCUCAUUUUGAAUUCAGAUUCUUGGCUUUCAGAAUACAUAAGUCCAAGCUGGCAAACCAUCUUUUGGAUUAUCCUUUCCUUUUUCCUGCUAGUAGGAACAUAUGCCUUUUGGAAACGAACUUUUCAGUCAAUUAAGAAAAUCAUCAUCUUUAUUAAUUUACUCCUUAUGCUUUACAAGAAGGGCACAGAUCUUUUUCAAGAUAUAUUGUCCAACAACAGUGGAAGAAUAAGCCAUUACCCCACUAGUCAAGGUAGCAAUAACAUGUUGGUCACCCUGAGCCUGCAGGAGAAAAUCCUCCAAAAGCUUCAGAUGGUAGAGGGUAAAGUGAAGGACCUGGAGGAUUUGAUCAUGACCUACAAAGGUGGCAAGAAUUGCACAAGGCCCUCUUCUAACUGCUCGAACUGUCGGAGCCCCCUGCCCACUUCUGGGUUUACCUCUACUUCUGAACAAUGAAGCCAGGAUGAGGAGUCCACCCCUUUCCAGAAAGGCCUCCAUCUAUCAUCUUGAGUGGCGUGUGGAGUACAAAUAAAAUGCCUCAUAUUCCUGAUCUGGCUUUGUAGCCGCCUGUUCGUGCACUAGAUUAUUUCUCUUUCCUAGGAGGGAAAGAGAAGAUUCCCAUGGAGGUGGGGUCUAGAGGGGGCUGGGACAUACAUGAGGUGGCAGCAGCACCCACAAACAUUAAGAGGCUCCCCAGAAAAUGGUGUUCAAAGCAUCAAUCACCUACUGAGGUCCAACCCCAGAAAUAGAAGUUAGUAGAGAAGAAGAGGACAAGAGGCAUUCUGGAUGAGAGAAAAGAGUGAUAUGGGAAAGGUAAAUAAAUUCCAUGGAAUAU